AUGCACAAAUACUCUGACCAUAAGUAUUUUGAGCAAGAAUCCAAGUGGAAUAUUUUAGGAUUCUUAGAUGAGUGUGUUCUAGAACCUCUUGAACGGAAAAUAGAGUGCUAUAUUAAGUGUCUCGAAACAAUUGCCGAUACUGAAGAAGGCCAAAGACGUGAACAAGCAAAACAACUACUGCAUAGAUAUAGAUCGGGAUCACGACCUGAUUAUCAAAUAGCCAAAAAUGAUCGUAAUUCCUCGAUCAACCUUUAUCAACCAAUAUUUAAUAAUUCUCUGGGUGUUGCAAAUAUCAGAGGUGGAACUGUUAUUAUUAGAUCAAAGGAAAAGAUGCCAAUAGAGGCAUCGUCUUCGGAUGGUAAACGUGCUUUUGAUAGCACUUUAGAUUCGGAUUUAAUUUCUUCUGUGGAGGUCAAGAAGAUCAAAUCAACGGAAGAAAGUGACGAACAAAAUAAUGGGAUUGUGGAGGAAGAAAGUCAGAAAGCAAAAAAUUAUGAUGAAAAAAUUUUAUCAGCUGAUGAAUCGGAUUUGGAAUAUCCAAGAGAACAGAUGAACGACGAAGAUGAAGAAAAUUCUUUAGAUGACAAUUCUGAUGAAGAAGAUACGGUUGAACUUGCAGAUAUAUCAUUUAAUUCAUUUGUUGGUUCAUCAAAAACCGAUAACAAAAAUUACAAAUGGAAAUUAAAGAAUGGUGAAAACGUAAGAAGUCGGCUCAUAGUUAUGACAAAAAAGGCAAUCGAAGAAGCGAAACAAGCCGAAAAAGUUGACACGAAAAUAUUGAGUGUUAUAAGGUUGGGACUAUCUUCCAUAAUAGAUCUUUCGUCUGAGUUCAAAGGAGGCAUGUACACCUGGUUCGGGGACAAUUGGAUACCAUUAAAGAAAAAAGUAUUAUCAAUAAUUGACUUGAAAGUUGAAAGAUUCACAGGAGAAGUAUUAGAAUUAAUUACAAAAGUAGAAAAUGUAUAUAAACUAAAAAAUAAUGAACGACCUAUUGAUAGUCAAAUGAGACAAGUAGCAAAAAUAUAUUUCAAUAUCAUUGAUUUAUUUUUAGAAAAUCCCUAUAUUUUCAUCAAAAAAGAUGGCCGGCCUCAAAACCAUACUGAAAUUCAAUAUGCGAUGAUUUUAACAGGCUCUAUUUUAGACAUAAUAUUCUCAGAUCAACGAGAUUAUGUUAGACUGAUAUGGGGAGAAAUAGUUUCGCAAGUCACGAAUGAUUCAAGAAGAAAGAUUGACCUUUGUAUAAAAACUGAAGAUGGCACGAAAGAGCUGAGCCAUUCCGAAUGCGCUCGGGAAGCUACACUUGUAAAAAUUAUAAAAGAUCGAAGUAAAUCUCUGAGAACAAAUAAAUGCAUACUUGACAAAUAUCUCGAGAGCAAUAUUCCUGAUGAAGCUUUAAAUGAUACGGCAAUUUUUGGAUUACAGCUGGCGGCUUUGGACGGUCAAUUGAUUGGAGUCGAUUUACUGGACGAAGGGCUUUAUUUUGGAUUUGAUGGACCAGCUUUUAAGUUUCCCGCACAGAUUUGUAGUAUUGACGUCUUAAGGCAAGCCUUAGAAAUUUUAUACUAUUUUAAG